GCUUAACAGUUUAGAAUGGGGAGUAGCACAUGCAAAUAUAGAAGGUGCGUACAUAUUGUGAUUGCAUGCAAAAGACUCUUUUCAUGUUCCCUGUCCCUCUCCCGCUCACCAGGAGAGAACGGCAGCUGCGAUUUCACUCUCCAUCUCCUUCUUUUGCUUCUUCUUCAUCGUCUUCUCCUCCUUCAUAUACUCUGCUUCUUGUUCUUCUUGUUCUUAUUCUUCUUCUCCUCUGAUGUCUCUGCAGGUGGAGAGCAGUUGGUGGAGGACCCACCUGAAAUGGAGGACACUGUACGUUCUGUUUCUUGGUCAGGUCGUCUCCUUCGACUUGGCCAUGGCGAGCUUCACCUCCUCCCUGCUGGCCGACCUCGGCGUCGAUGCGCCUCUCACUCAGAUGUUCUUCCCCUACGUGCUCCUGGCUCUUGUCUAUGGCAGCAUAUUGCUUUACAGACGACGCAAACUGUUGGUUCCUUGGUAUUGGUAUCUCCUCUUGGGGUUCAUCGAUGUUCAAGCCAAUUAUCUCGUGCAGUUAAUGAAGCGUACCAGUUCUCUUCGAUCACCAGCGUCACUUUGCUCGACUGCUGGACAAUAGCGUGGGUGAUAAUAUUGACGUGGUUCCUACUUGGAACCCAUUACUCUAUCUGGCAGUUGAUUGGGGCAGCCAUCUCCGUACUCGGCUUGGGCUUAGUGAUGCUGUCCGAUGCCGGUGCUGCUGGAGGAGGCGGCUCGAGACCAGUUCUGGGAGAUGUGCUUGUCAUCGCAGGAACGGUUUUCAUCGCCAUGAGCAAUGUUGGACAGGAAUUUUGUGUAAAAAAGAAGGAUCUCGUAGAAGUUCUCACCAUGCUCCCUUUGUUCGGAGUUAUAGUGAGUGUGGUCCAGAUAUCUAUUCUGGAGAGGACAACUCUCGAGUCUCUCCAAUUGACAACAGAUCGAAUCUUAGCGUUUGCUGGUUUUGCUGUGUCCAUCUUCGUGUUCUACUCCGUUACAGAAUUUGUUCUGAGGAUGAGUGGGGCUGCGUUGUUCAAUCUCUCCCUGCUCACAUCUGAUAUGUGGGCAGUCGUUAUCCGCAUCUUUUUCUACCGUCAAGAGGUUGAUUGGCUAUACUAUCUAGCUUUCUCAAUCGUGAUAAUUGGACUGGUUGUGUACUCUGUCACGUGCGUUCCACACCUCGCAUGCUUGCUCUCUUGGAUGUUUGCUUUGAGUUACAUGGAAAAUGUUAGACUGCCCGUUAACAUGGGGAAGGAUCCCGGAACUGUGCCAUCUAUCGAGAAUGGGAUCUCCACGGACUACCACUUACUCAAUGAUGAAAGUAUAGCUCCGAGAGCCGAGGAUUCCGAAUUGUGAGCAGCUUCUUGUACGUCUACUGGAUGUUCAAUAAAACAAUUAUGAUGAGAUGCAGUUUAAAUAUAUUCUGCAGCGAUUCAUCCAGGCCUGUCUCAUGACAACAAUGGCGAGAUCUGCUGGAUGAUUAUUUUUCCUGUUAAUUUACCCGGUUACUCCAAAGCAUCUGCCACUUAGUUGAACAAUUUGCAGUACUCUCCAUCAUCAGGGGUUCUCCUAGACGUGCACUAUAUAAGCAAAGAAUCAUUUGGUCGGAAGAUGCCGUUAUGUUGACAGAAUUUCUCAUAGACGAUAUACGAGAAUUAUGAUAACAUGAGUGUGUGGGAUUCGCGCUUUCAAGAAUGUGUUACUGAAGAGAAAUCGCAUCUAGAGCUUGACCAUCACUGUGUAAUGACAAUUACCUCUGCUGGUCUUUUUCUUUCUCGUCA